GCACGAAAUGGACACAGCUGGGACGAAUUGACUUGUAUUACACGUCCAUGUGUGGCUGUGGGGCGAGAUGUCCGGUGACCGAGAUAAGCUCGGUUUAGUUUCGGUCUUGUGUUUGAAGGCUAGCCGAAACAACCCGGAACUUAGUGACUAUUCUAUGUUGCAUGAGAUAUUUCAGAAAAAGCUCUUGUACACAUCUUAGUUCCUCGAUCUUCAAUAAAUCGUACACGAAACAGGACAGGAAAAGAGAAAUGCUGGGAGCUAUUGCUGGAGUGCCUGUAGGGCCUGGCCUUGUCAUCCACUUUUAUGGCAAGAAAAGAUUCGAAACAAAGCCACUCUUCAUCGCAGCAGAUAGCUUCCCAAUCUGCGCUGAAGAUGUAUGCAAGCGAUGUGCCGUGCAUCUGACAGAGAGUCUUGGCCGCUUCUAUCCACAAAACAAGAAUGUCAUUGGGCCGGCAUGGCUGCCAAUCUUUGGACUUUAUGGGGCCAACCACCAGCAGCAACUUUGGGUGCCAGAGUAUCAUAUCUUUGAACCAUCAGCCAGCCCUGGUCAAGAGUCAUUCUAUUUUCGCAUCAAAGUACGCUUUUCCAAGGACAAGCUGAAAUAUUACUUUGGAAUCAUCAGUGAUUAUCUUUAUCUGCAGGUUGCAGAUGACUUUAGAAAUGGAAGGCUGUGGUCACACUUUGAUGCUGAGAUAAACGAUGUGAGCAGCCUGAGCAGAAAUGUUGUCCUUGAACUGAUUUCCUCUGCAGGAUAUAGUGUGAUGAUUCCAGAUGAGACAAAGAUCUUAACAGCAGAGCUAAAGCAAAUAGUCAAACUACAGAACAUCAAAUCAAAGAUUAAAUUUGUUUGCUUCUGGAAAAAUGUUCCUAAAAACAUGCCACCAAAAUUGCAAGAAGAGUUUCGUCUGGACCCUUUGAUGAGAUACUUGAUGUUUGAACAUCUUAAAAGAGGUCUGGGUGAACUUUUUGAACUCUGGAAAACUUCAAACCUGGCUGCCAUGAGACAACAGUUUUUGGAAGACAUUUUCACUACCUAUGCCAAAAACUAUGGCCUGGAGCACUAUUCAGCCAAGAAAGUUUUAGGGGACCGAGUACAGGAAGUGGAUGUCAUUAUCCGACCAUAUGCAGUAGGUUGUCGUCCUGGACUUCACUUUGCAGAGACUCAUGUAUGCUCCCUUCAAGAUAUCAAUGACAUCAGAAUCUUGGAGAAUGAAAGUAGUGCAAGGACACAAAGUCGACAAGUUUUAAUCUAUCGAUCAAACAUGUUACCUUUGUUGCUGGAGUUUGACACUCGACAAGCUGCAGAGUCUUUUGUGUCUGUUCUUGAGACCUACCGCGGCUGCUGGUUAAUUAUUAUGAUUUCCUUAGCGUUCAGCAAGUCACUGUUCCCAGCGUGGAGGUCAUCAAAGUGUUGCGCAGCUUUGGGCCUCUCAGAAAAGAAGAAGCCAUUGUGAAGGUUGACCAAGGGGGUGCUGAGAUCAGUCACUCAAGUGCUGGCAACUACCUCAUCUAUCAAGACCAAGAGAAAUUUGACCUCUUUCAUGUGCUGGGGUCUACUAGCACUAGCAAC